AUGCAAAUUGUUGCGAUUUUGACGGGGAGGGUUUACGUUCCCCGUAGGAGCACUCUUGGUACACAUUGGUCUGGAGCCCACUGUAACCACCACACACAUUGGGCGCAAUCUUUGGGUCGUCGCCUGCUUGGUGUUGGGGGACGCUGCUGGCCCAUUCAGUGCCCCCGGAGCGAGAUAGACAUGCUGCAGUCUCGAAGCAAGCGUCAAUGCCGCCGGAUGUCAUCAGGACGUCAUCACUUGGCGCCGGUGACCCGUGUCAGCAGCACUCAGCAGCCUAGGGCGCUGUCGUUGCUACUGGUAGCAACCCUCUUCUUCGCGGGCCCUUCCACGGCCACCCUGCCGGAUGUAUCCUUUAGCAGCUCCUUUGGUAAUGAUGCGGCACGUGAUGAACACGAGAUCAUCAAGUACAAAAUCAUGGAUGUCGAGCUGGAUUCUGGCCCAGAGCUCAACGCUUUUGAUAAUUACAAUUUGGUGUCAGGAACUCCAAGGCUCCAAGGCGGAAGCCGGCGGCUACACCAUGCCUCCGUGGCGGCAAGGCAGCAGCAGCAGCAGCAGCAGCCGGCCGCGGUCUUCGAAAUGGGUUCGUUCGACGCACCGCUCAUCAGCAUCGCCUUGACGCACGUGCCUACCGCCGGGACGCGCAGCCGCAAGUAUUUUGCGUACUGGCGCGCCGACACCUCGAAUCAGACACAGGCUGCCACGUUUGACCUGAACACGCGUAAGCGUUGUUCGGUGGCUUCGGUGAAGCGAAGAACGUACCACAGAAAGAUGGGCGCCAGUACAUGCACGGGCACACGACUCACCGUGCACCUCACCCUUCCCCAUAUUGAAUAUCCCCAGUUGUAUAAUGAAGGCAUGGAGCAGUUUUCUAGGGUAGGCAGCUUGUCCUUUCAGAGGUGGUAUCCGACGCCCUGCAUGGUAUCAGGCAACAAGGUCUUAGUCGUGGGUGGCACGGCCAGAGGGGACAAGGGGCCCCCUAUUCCUGUGGCCGAGCUUUGGGACCCGCGCCAACCCAGCGAAACCACGGUGUCCGUGCCGCUACCGCCCGCUUUCAAGAAAGCCGCCGGGAACAACUGGUACCCCUUCAUCGCUCUCCUGCCUCGCGGCGAGGUUCUCUGGUGGGGCGACCGCGGCGGCAGCAUCACCAACAAGGACUGGCAGGAAAUCCAUAUACUCCCGGACCUGCCCGAAAGCUUCCCGUACCGUACCAUGUAUUGGUACACGUCUUCCAUCGUACUCAACGCAAUGAAGCCGGAUUCACAGAGUGGCGAGUACAAUGAUUUCUCCAUGACCAUCUUCGGCGGCGCGCUGGGUGGUGCCAAGCCGGAAACCCCAGCCUCCCCCGCGUCCGCAAGGCUGGACAUGUACUACUGCGGCAACAAGAUAUGCGAUAAGGGAUGGGUAAUUGAAAACAUGGCCGGACAGAGGCGAGUUAUGCCUACCACCACCGUACUACCGAACGGCAAAGUCCUGAUACACGGAGGCGGGCAGGCUGGCACUGCUGGAUGGCGGAAGAAGGGAAGGUACCAGGGCACCCUGCCCGCCUACCAAGACCUGGUGUACGACCCGGAUGCGCCCGAGGGCAGCCGAUACAAAUUAAGUACCACAGUAGGUAUCAUCCACAUGUAUCAUGCCUCGUCCUGUCUGGACCUGUCGGGCAAGGUGAUGUCUGCCGGAUGCGACACGUGUGGAAUGACGGGCGCAGAUGCGGGCAACCUGCCCUCCAGCGUCAGCCGCAGCCCUCAUGGCGAUCUGGACUACCGAAUAAGUUUUGCGGUCCCUGCCGAGAUUGCGCCGCCGGUGGAACGACCCGUCAUCAGGACCGCCCCUAAGGUCAUCCUCCUUGGCAGGGUGUUUACAGUAGGGUACAAGUAUGGCGGCCCUAUCACUGGCGCCACUCUGGCAGCUCCCUGCGCCAACACCCACUCCAUCAACAUGAACCAGCGUGUGGUGUUCCUGAACGUAAUCGAGGACGACGGCACCACGGUGGCUCUUCGCGCCCCUCCGCUAUCCCAGCCCUCUGCCGCCCACGCCGGCUACUACCAGCUGUUCCUGUUGGGAGCCAACACCGCCACCGGCAGGACGUACAGCGAGGGGGUGUGGAUCUACCUGGCGGACGAGUAA